AUGUCCGAGCUCCCCUCUCGUUCCAUCUCCCCGAGGGAUCCCUCCCCCGGGGAAACACCUGGCCGCGAUCCCUCAACACCAUCAACAGACGCGGGCGUCGGUUACUCUGCCUCCCAGGACGCACCAUCCUUCGGUGCCUAUGACCGAGUCUAUCCGAUUCGAUCGCUAGUUUCGCUCGAACCCCCCGCGACCUCUGAACCAUCUUCGAACAAAUCGAAGAGUCCGCUCUCUCCGACCAGCGGCGCUCGUCAGUUUUCGAUCAUCGACGGCCAUACAUGGACCCGUCUGCGGUCGGAUAGCAGGGCAAACUCGACGGACUACAGCGGGGGGACGGGGUUGUCACCGGAGAGUUCAGAGGCGCCAUCUUCGCAGCGGAUGUCAGACUCAUCGUCCGCAAGGCCGCCGUCUAACACUACAGGGCUGCGGAGGGGUGAUGACCACACAACCUUCACUCCCUCCUCGGAGGAUUCGCACCCUCAGGUGCAGGAACCGUACGAGCUCAUGACCACUCGAUUUCGACAUGUGGUGACCGACGACGGUCAUGCCGUAAUCACUGGGAGGACCGUUGACUCUUUCAAAGCCUGCGAAGACGAGCCGAUUCAUAUACCCGGCGCCAUUCAAAGUUUCGGUGCUCUGGUAGCAGUACGGGAAGAGCCGGGCGAGCAGAUGGUGGUUCGCAUUGUCAGCGAGAAUUCUCAGGACAUCCUAGGCUACUCUCCAAACGAUCUCUUUUCCCUACCGACCUUAUGCGAUAUCUUCCCAGAAGAUCAGGCCGAUAAUUUUCUUGACCACGUCGACUUCGUGAAGGAGGAAGGUUAUGAUCCCUCGGUGGACGGCCCGGAGGUUUUUAUACUCACUGUAAAUCAGCCAAAUGGCAGUACGAUCCGUGUCUGGUGCGCCAUACACACUAAUCCUGCACUUAACGGCCUGGUCAUUUGCGAGUUUGAGUUGGAGGACGAUCAUGUCAAUCCCCUGACAAGCUCGGGCCAUAUUUCACCGGCCGUUCCCACGAACACCCUCGAUGUGGUUCCGACAAUUGAGCAGAUGGCGGGGAGUACGAUCACUAUAAAUCAGCCACUCCGUGUCCUGCGUCGCGCUCGUCGCCGGAAAGGUGAAGCAGCCGCAAUGGAGGUCUUCAGCAUCGUCAGUCAGAUUCAAGAGCAGCUGGCUCGUGCGGACAACAUGGAGGCGCUGUUGGAUACAACCUCUGGGAUAGUGAAGGAGCUCACUGGUUUCCACCGCAUCCUGGUAUACCAAUUCGACUCGGAAUUCAACGGCAAGGUUGUUUCGGAAUUGGUCGAUCCGACGAUGAGCAUAGAUCUGUUUAAGGGCCUGCAUUUCCCGGCCGCCGACAUUCCUAAACAAGCGCGAGAUCUGUAUCGAAUAAACAAGGUCCGUCUACUUUACGACCGGGACCAUGUCACGGCACGGCUGGUCUGUCGAGCUCUUGAGGACCUCGAAACACCUUUGGACAUGACGCACGCCUAUCUCCGUGCCAUGUCGCCUAUCCACAUCAAAUACCUUGCUAACAUGCAAAUUCGAUCAUCGAUGUCUAUCAGUAUUAACAGUAUGAACGAUCUUUGGGGCCUUAUUUCCUGCCAUUCGUAUGGACCCAGAGGAAUGCGAGUGUCAUUUCCCAUUCGGAAGAUGUGUCGUCUGAUCGGUGACACCGUUUCUCGAAAUAUCGAACGCUUAUCUUACGCUUCUCGCCUGCAGGCUCGCAAGCUUAUCAACACAGUACCAACCGACGCAAACCCCUCCGGAUACAUUGUUGCCUCAUCUGACGAUUUGCUUCGUCUGGUGGAUGCCGACUACGGUGCGCUGUGCAUCCGCGGCGAGGUAAAAAUUCUGGCAAAGUCACCCCAGUCUCAGGAGAUGUUGGCCUUGCUAGAGUACCUAAAGGUCCGAAAAUACAAUUCGGUACUGACGUCCAACCAUAUCGUCAAAGACUUCCAGGACCUCAAUUAUCCUCCCGGGUUCAAGGACAUUUCAGGUUUGCUUUAUGUGCCUCUGUCGACCGACGGUUUGGACUUCAUUGUUUUCUUCCGUCGCGGUCAAUUGACCGAAGUCAAAUGGGGCGGCAAUCCUAACGAGGCCAAGUUCACCGAGGGCCACCUUGAGCCCCGAAAGAGCUUUCAGACAUGGCGGGAAACCGUCCUGGACCGGUGCCGCGAUUGGACUGAAUCUGAGGUCGACACAGCUGCCGUGCUCUGCCUGGUGUAUGGCAAGUUCAUCAAAGUCUGGCGGCAGCAGGAAGCCGCUUUGGAGAGCUCCAGCCUUACCAAAUUGCUCCUGGCAAACUCUGCGCACGAAGUACGCACACCUCUGAAUGCCAUUGUCAACUAUCUAGAAAUCGCGCUUGAAGGUGCGCUGGACGGCGAGACAAGGGAUCACUUGAGCAAGUCCUACUCCGCAUCCAAGUCCCUGAUCUAUGUUAUCAACGACCUUCUCGACCUUACCAACGUCGAGAAGGGACAGAGCCUCAUCAAAGAUGAGCCCUUUGAUUUGCCCACCACUUUCAGCGAAGCAACGGCCAUGUUUGAAAGUGAAGCCAAACGCAAGGGCUUGAACUACAAGGUAUUGUCACAACCGGGGAUUCCCGAGACCGUGAUUGGAGAUCAGCGGCGUGUCCGGCAGUCGAUCAGCAACCUCAUCUCCAACGCGGUUCAAAACACCUCGUCCGGUGGAGUGACUGUCGAGGUGUGGCACGCUCCUGGGGAGGGCGAUACCGACAAGGCGACGGUCAAGAUCGCGGUCCUUGAUACAGGCCGCGGUAUCUCAUCAAGCACGCUUGAGCUAUUGUUCCGUGAGCUGGAGCAGGUCUCAGGAGAAGACGACUCGCAUUAUUAUGGCGGGAGCGAAGAAGGGGAGGAAUCCGCUCCAGAGGCUAAGGCUAGCAAGGAUAAGGCUGUUUUGGGCCUGGGCCUGGCGUUGGUGGCUCGAAUCGUGCGCAAUAUGCACGGGCAACUCACUGUGCGGUCUGAAGAAGGGAAGGGUAGUCGGUUCCAGAUUUCGCUACAGUUCCCUAUCCCCGAAGGCUCGGAUACCAAGAGUCCAACCGCGGAACACCGUCCUGUUGCCACUGGGGACUCUGCGGCCCCGUUCUCGACCGGGGAUGAUGUGAUCCUCGUUGAUAGCACUACUGGUUCCAAAAGAAAUAGCCAAGACAGCCUAACCCGCCCAGACGUGCCUCGAAAAUCUGAACCGGAGGAUACAGCCCCUGCUGAUGGCGCUGGUGAACAAGCGUCAGGUGAAAGCGAAGCUCAGACUCGACCCAAAAAGACCGGAGAAUCGACAGCAUCUACUUCUCAUGAGCAAUCCGAAACGGCACGUUCACGGCCGUCAGGCCCCAGCUCUGGGCCUAGUGCGCCCGAACGGCGGCCCCUCCGGGUUCUCGUAGCUGAGGACGACCCGAUCAACGCGAAGAUUAUCGAGAAACGACUCGAAAAACUCGGCCACACUGUUCAACGCACGGUGAAUGGGGAGGAGUGUGCGAAUGCAUACUCGGCAGAGUCGACGCAGUGGGAUGUUGUGUUGAUGGAUAUUCAGAUGCCGAUUCUCGAUGGCAUUGAGUCCACUAAACGGAUCCGCCAGCAUGAGAGUCAGAGUGAAGUCGCGAAUCUUCACAUUCCCAUUUUUGCCGUCUCUGCUUCAUUGCUUGAAAAGGACGUUCAAAUGUACAUGGAUAUAGGCUUCGAUGGGUGGAUUAUGAAGCCUAUUAACUUUGUUCGGUUGAAUACGCUCCUCGCUGGGAUUCACGAGGAACGCGCACGGAACGGCGCUGUUUAUCAGCCGGGACAGUGGGAAAAGGGGGGAUGGUUCACACCGUACACGCAUUCGUGAACUGGUUUGUUAUGAUUUUUUUUGAUUGUUUUGGCAUGAAUUUACGCUCAGAUACGAUAAAAUGGCUGGUGCCUGGCGCAACUGCCCUUGUUUUCAAUUCUUUAUGAUACCACCUGGAUGUACAUCUCAUACGCAUAUCGGGCAAGUACGCGGGCUACUAGAAACCUUAAUAUCAUGGUUGUCUUUGUGA